AUGGACAACAAGGCAUUGGAACUGGAUUCUGUGAGUAUUCUCAUGGAGGAGGCUGUCAUGUGUAAUGGAGGCAGCCAGUCGUUAGCUCAGCAUCAGCAGGACCCAUCCAUGUUAGCCCACCUGAAGAAGGUAGCGAACCAAAUGACCGAUGCACAGUGUUUCUCCCACCUACCCAAACGCUCAGCUGUGGAUCUGGAGUUCAUCAACGUCUCCUACACGAUCCAAGAAGGGCCAUGCUGGAGGAGAAGAGGUUUUAAAGCUUUAUUGAAGUGCCUUUCUGGAAGGUUCUGCAAUAGAGAACUGAUAGGAAUCAUGGGCCCUUCAGGGGCCGGAAAGUCCACUUUAAUGAACAUCCUAGCUGGAUACAGGGAAGCAGGGAUGAAGGGUCAGAUCCUGGUAAAUGGGAAACCCAGGGACCUGAGGACAUUCAGAAAAAUGUCCUGCUACAUCAUGCAGGAGGACAUUCUGCUUCCACACCUCACCGCCAGGGAGGCCAUGAUGGUUUCAGCCAAUUUAAAGCUAAAUGAAACUAUGGAUGUGAAAAAAGAACUGGUGAACGAGAUCCUGACUGCUCUUGGACUCAUGGACUGUGCUCACACUCGGACCAGCUCUCUGUCAGGUGGUCAAUGUAAACGUCUGGCCAUUGCGUUGGAACUGGUCAAUAACCCUCCAGUCAUGUUCUUUGAUGAGCCCACCAGUGGCUUAGACAGUGUGUCAUGCUACCAGGUUGUGUCCUUAAUGCGCUCUUUGGCACUGGGAGGACGGACAAUAAUCUGCACCAUUCAUCAACCCAGCGCCAAGUUGUUUGAGAUGUUUGAUAAGCUUUACAUCCUCAGUCAGGGUCAGUGCAUCUACAAAGGCUCAGUCCCUUACCUCAUCCCCUACCUGAAGACUCUUGGCCUCUACUGUCCUACUUAUCACAACCCUGCUGACUUCAUCAUUGAGGUGGCAUCAGGAGAAUAUGGAGACCUUAACCCUGUGCUAUUUGAGGCAGUCCAAGGUGGAAUGUGUGCAUUAGAAGAGAAGAAAAACCAUUGUGAUGCCAACAGCACAUCAGUCUGUCCAACAAAGUGUUCCAUGGAUGCUGGGCACAUAGAGAGCCAUACGUUUGCCACAAGUACACUCACACAGUUCUGCAUCCUCUUCAAAAGAACCCUGAUAGCUAUAUGUCGAGAUCAGGUUUUGACCCAACUCAGACUGAUCUCCCACAUCUGCAUAGGUGUGUUGAUAGGCUUGCUCUAUCUGAACAUUGGCAAUGAUGCCAGCAAGGUCUUUAACAACACCGGAUUUCUCUUCUUCUCUAUGCUCUUCCUCAUGUUUGGGGCGCUCAUGCCAACCGUAUUAACCUUUCCUCUGGAGAUGUCUGUGUUCUUGAGGGAGCAUCUCAACUACUGGUACAGCCUGAAAGCCUACUACCUGGCCAAAACCAUGGCUGAUGUCCCUUUCCAGGUGAUCUGCCCCAUCAUGUACUGCAGCAUCGUGUACUGGAUGACAGAGCAGCCCCCUGAGGCCACCCGCUACCUGCUCUUCAUUGCUCUGUCCAUCUGCACUGCCCUGGUAGCCCAGUCCUUAGGCCUGCUGGUUGGAGCUGCUUCCACAUCACUGCAGGUUGCCACGUUUGUUGGACCAGUCACGGCCAUUCCAGUGCUGCUUUUCUCUGGAUUCUUUGUGAACUUUGACACAAUCCCCAAGUAUCUGCAGUGGAGCUCCUAUAUGUCCUAUGUCAGGUAUGGCUUUGAAGGGGUGAUCCUGUCCAUCUACGGGAUGAACCGCUCAGAGCUGGAGUGUCCAGGGAAGGUUUGCAAGUUCCAGCAAGCUGAAGAGGUUCUGCAGCUUCUUGAUGUUGAAGAUGCAAAGCUCUACAUCGAUUUCAUUGUUCUGGGUGUUUUCUUUAUCACCCUACGACUGGCCACUUACCUUGUCCUACGCUACAAGGUCAAGUCUGAGAGAUAG